AUGUCGACUUCGUUUCUGGAGCACAAAGUUUUUGAGGUAACUUUAUGAGGGAUAAUAAAUUUUUCGAAAAAAAUUGUUCAGGGGAUGAAGGAUACGGUAGAUAUAUUGAAAUGCGGUGAAACAAAAGGACCUUUUAGAUUUCGAAGAAUUCAAGAAAAAAGUUAUACGAGUGGAUCAGUUGAAAUAACGGUUAGUUAAUAUUUUAAAUUUUGUUUCAUUUCAAAUUUUCACCCAAAAUUAUGAAUUAAAAUGAAAAGUUUUGCAGCUAUUUGACAUAAUUGGAGAAAUGUAUCGAAUUGAAGUUGAAGAAAAUGAUAUAACUCGAAGAUUAAAUGCAAGUCCAAAUCCACUUUUCGCAAAUUGUGUUGUUCUUUUGACAAAAGAUAUUAUGCAAAUUCUUAUGACUAAAGAUGUUGUUGGAAAAGAUCCAUUAUUUGCAACACUUAUUGCUGAAAAAUUUGUGGAUUUAAGUCAAAAAAGUUAGUUUCUCUAUUUAUUUUAUGAUUCUAAUUAUUUAAAUAUUGUAGAAUUCGAAUGCUCAAAAUGUCAUAUUGCAAAGUUCAGUAGUAUUCAAAGUUUGAAAACACAUGAAGAAUUAUAUUGUCCAGUUCGAGAAAUGGAAGUGACUUCAACAGCUGAAGAAAUUGAUAGACCAAAUCUAUUACUUUUACCAUUAACCUAUCAUGAUUUGCCACAAAAUAAUGUUGUUAAAAUAAUUGGACCAAUGCAUUCAAUUGUUCCAGUUGCAAUUGGAAGAGGAACAGAAACAUUUACAACAAAUCCAUUGAAUUUGGGAAAUAUUUGUGGAGAUUUGAUUAUUCCACAAAAUUUGAAUAUUAAUUUACCACAAUUAUCUAUAAAUAUUCCUGUGAAUGGAAUAUUUGAUACAAAUCGAGCAACAUUAUUGCCAUCGACUUCUUCAAAUAGUUCAUCACCAAAAUCUAAGGCACAUAGAAAAAAAUAGAAUAUUUUUUGCUGCUGUGCGGUGUUUGCAGACUCGAAAAAAGCCCGUCACGUUUUCACGUUUUUCCACGUGUCAAAGAAAUUUCGUUCUUUUUUCCAUUGAAAUUUAGAGAGUGCGCCGCAAAAUUGCAAAUUUUGAAAAUAAAAGAGGGCGGAGUCGUGUGUCUUCACGCGGUCAGAACAAUGAGUCCGCAAUUUCACGUGAAAAAGAAAAUUGUUCUAUUUUUUUCUAUGUGCUAAGGUAUGUUCACUAUUUUAUAUAGAUUUUCAUAUCAUUUUUUCUUGGUCACACGCCAAAAUGACGCAAACUAGAGUACUUAUCAGUUCAGCUCAACAUUGAAAAUUGUUAUCUCAUCAAAGAAUUUUUACAGUCAAGCGAACCGGAAAAACCAUUUGUAUGCACUUGUGGAGUCUCGUUUUUGAACGAACAAACAUUUGAUGCUCAUAAGAAUUUCUAUUGUAAAAAUGCGCCGAACACAAAAACAAAUGGUGAAUUCAGUAAAAAGGUAAGUCUUUUAAAUCUGAGACAAAAACAUUUUCGAAAGAAACUUUUCAGUUUCCCGAAAAAUGUGGACAAUGUAACUUCCGACCUCAGUCAUCUUCGCAAUUAGCAAUGCAUAUUCGAUCUGCUCAUCAAUCUACAAAAACUUAUAUUUGUACUGUUUGUAGUUAUCGAGCAUUCAGUUUACGUGGAAUUCGAACUCAUAUGAGGUAAUUUUGAGAAAAAACCUUACAACUUAUGAUUUUUGCAGAUCCCACCCGUCUUCGGAUGCAUUGAAGUUUGAAUCAAAAUGA